CCGCUGCCUCGCGGCGCGGCGCCGCGUCCCGCCGCCCUGCCCACGUCCCUUUAAGGCGCUGGGAAACUUUUCCGCCGCCGGCCGCGGCCCGUCACAUCCGCUAGCAAGAGUUGCGGGCUGUGCCGCGCCGAGCAAGUUUCUCUGCGAGCCGCGGCAGGAGGGGAGGCUGCGGCGGGCACUGCGGGGAGGAGGGCAACUUCCUCGCUCGGCCCCCGGGCAGGAGGAGCGGCGGGGGCCGCACGCGAGAAACCCGUGCGAGGAGGAGCUCGGCUCGGAGGGGGGCAGAUGAAGCUGGGGCGUGGGGAAGCCGCUCCCUCCUUCCUCCUCCUCCUCCUCGGCUGCUCCAGUCCCGCAGCCAGGCAGCCGCUGCCUCCUGCCUGAGCCGCUUGAGUUGGGAAGUGCGUCGCUGCCGCCAGGAUGGGCACGUCGCUGGUUGCCCCCAGCCUCCUGCUCCUCCUGGCCGGCGCCGCGGGGUUCUGCCGGGCUCUCUUCUCCCUGCCGCUCCGCGUGUCCCUCCCGGCCGCCCCCGGUGGGUCGCCGUCCGCCCCGGUGCUGCUGAGGCCGGCGAGCAGCAGCCGGCGGCAGCAGGAGCCCCUCGGUGACACGGAUGGCUUGGCCUUGGCCUCGGAUCCCGGAGGCACCCUCAACUUUUUAGCCAUGGUGGAUAAUCUGCAGGGGGACUCCGGCCGCGGCUACUACCUGGAGAUGCUGAUCGGGACCCCGCCGCAACCGUUAAAUAUUCUAGUUGACACUGGAAGCAGUAAUUUUGCUGUAGCAGGUGCCCCUGCUCCUGAUGUCACCUCCUACUUCAAUCCAGAGCUGUCAAGUACAUAUAAGUCUCAAGGAAUUGAUGUCACAGUUAAGUACACUCAAGGAAGUUGGACUGGAGUGCUAGGUACAGAUGUCAUUACUAUCCCGAAAGGAAUCAAUGGCAGCUACACUGUCAACAUUGCUACCAUUCUUGAAUCAGAGAAUUUCUUCCUGCCAGGGGUUAAAUGGCAUGGGAUUCUUGGUCUUGCCUAUGAUGCCUUAGCCAAGCCUUCAAGUUCUGUGGAGACGUUCUUUGAUUCUCUUGUGAGGCAGGCAAAGAUCCCCAACAUCUUCUCCUUGCAGAUGUGUGGUGCUGGACUGCCUGUUUCUGGAAGUGGUACCAACGGAGGUAGUCUUGUUCUGGGUGGAAUUGAACCAAGUCUCUACAAGGGUGAUAUUUGGUAUACGCCUAUCAAAGAGGAGUGGUAUUAUCAGGUUGAAAUACUCAAGCUGGAGGUUGGAGGACAGAAUCUCGAGUUGGACUGCAGAGAGUAUAAUGCAGAUAAAGCAAUAGUAGACAGUGGUACCACCCUCCUCCGGCUGCCCCAGAAAGUCUUCAGUGCUGUCGUGCAAGCCAUAGUCCGCACAUCCCUGAUACAAGAAUUCUCUUCUGGUUUCUGGACUGGUUCACAGCUUGCAUGUUGGGAUAAAACUGAAAGACCCUGGUCCUUCUUUCCCAAACUCUCCAUUUACCUGAGGGAUGAAAACUCCAGUAGGUCCUUUCGGAUCUCUAUCCUACCACAGCUUUAUAUUCAACCCAUUCUUGGGAUUGGAGAGAAUCUACAGUGCUACCGAUUUGGGAUCUCUUCCUCCACGAAUGCCCUAGUUAUUGGUGCUACAGUCAUGGAAGGCUUCUAUGUAAUAUUUGACAGAGCUCAGAGGAGAGUGGGCUUUGCAGUGAGUCCGUGUGCAGAAGUUGGUGGCUCUCCAGUAUCUGAGAUUGAAGGCCCUUUCACAACAGCGGAUGUUGCAAGCAACUGUGUUUCUAGCGUUUCUUUCCAUGAACCAGUGUUGUGGAUUGCCUCCUAUGCUCUCAUGAGCUUGUGUGGAAUUAUCCUCCUGGUAUUGAUCAUCCUACUGCUUAUUCCACCGCGGUGUCAGCACCGCUACACUGACAAUGAUGUGGUCAAUGAUGAAUCCUCCUUAGUGCGUCAUCGAUGGAAAUGAGAAACUUGAUCAUGAAACCUGGAACUUAAACACAAUGAAGAAUAAAGUACUUUGCCAAGGAGAAGAAGCCAAUGCCUCAGUCCUUUCUACGUCCGUUACAAAUUGCUGUUGAAAUCCCUCCAAAUAUCCUGCAUCAUGAUUUUUUAAGCUUUAUUUUCUAACACUGAUUCUGGACCAAAGCACUAUUAAUCACCUCUUAAGUGCUACCAUACUGGAUUUGCUACUAUAGUACAAUGAGCCUUUAUGCCCUCAUUAGUACCUUCUUUUUUUAAAAAAAGGAAAAGAACAAAACACACCAUGAUGUUCUUCCACUAUCUGAACAAAAUUAUCCCUCCCUCUCACAGAAAAGGAGCUGUCAAAAGUUUCUAACUAAUCAAGCCUUGAAUGUAGAAAAAGAGAGAGAAAAAACAUAAUUUUUAAUAAUUUCUCUUCUUAAUCAUAUUAAAUUAAUACAGCUUUUUGUUUAUACCAGUUAAUUCUGAAACUGUGUGCAUGGUGCAGGGGAGGGGGAAAGGUCAGACUUCUUCAGCAGAUGGAUACAAGUGAGGUCAAGAAGAAGAAAUGUUGAUUUUUUUUUUCCUUCCCCCCUCAAGAUUACAGCUGCCACUUGAGAAGGUCACCGUUCCUGAGCAUCAUUCCAAAAGAGUUUGAGGAGGGGAAAACAGGGAAACAAACUUGUUCAGCCUUAGUGUAAAACAAGACUACCUCUCAGCUUACAAGGAUGCUUACCACUGGCAAGCAUGUGACUUAGAACUGGUCUUAAAACACAGGAAAUUCCGUACAACAAAGUGUAACUCCUUGGCUUCUAAGUAGUUGAUUUGAUCAAACUAAUGUUUCAUAACUUUCCAUUUCGGCGAACAAAAAAAGCCUCUCAGCUUUCCCCCAAGUGGUUUCCUUUUUUUAAUUUUUUUUUAAGUCCAUGCUUUACCACCUCUUUCGGUAUUUCUAGUGAGCAUGUAAGAAAAGACAACCCAUUUUUUUUGCUGAGCCCAGCAACCUGAAAGUUCAAGGGAUAAAGUACCUGUCUUCAUGGAUAAACUGUGAAGUGAAAACCUUAGUGCUGGUUUGUUUUUAAACUUGAACAGCAGUUGGAGGUUUUUAGCUUAGCUUCACUGGUGAGUCCAUCAAAUGAAAAGUGUUUGUACUGACUGGCUGGGAGUGGUGUCUGAGAACAAACACAGUGUAAGACCAAAAACAAUAGCGGGAGAGAGCAGGGAGGAAUAUAUUUAAGCAGAACUUUGUGCAAGCACAGAUCUUAAUGCUGAGGUCAAAAGACGGCAUUUUCUUUGCAGACUGAACAUAUUUUCUUGUAUCUAGUCAGUCAGUGUUACACAACCUCCAUUGCUUUUCUAAAACUGUUUAAUAGUGAGUUUGAAAGAUAAGUGAUGAAGAUAAGAUGAUAAGGCUGAGAAGUCCAGUGAUAACUACUGUAUUUUCACACUCAAAACUCAUGAGUUAUCUCUUUAAAAAAAUGAAAAAAUUCUUUUGCACUUCAGUGGCAGAGCAGGUUACACAUCUGUGUAGGUAACAAAACACGCAGUUUAGCUCAGAAUACCAGACCUCCUCCCAAUUCACACUGCCUCUGCUUCUGCCUUUGCAUGGGAUACCCAAAGAUGUCUUUUUCAAGAAUGGUACUUUUAAAGAGGUGCAUAUAGUACAUGUGAAAAUAAAGCACUAUUUUUUAAACAAACUUGUGCAUUUCACUUCAUAACUGGAAGUGCCUGUAAAGAAUGUCUUUGUUAUUCCUUCCUUUUUAAUUCCUGCACUUUCAGAUUGCUUGGCUGGACAGAGUGAAAUAAUUGGUGUUUUGACCUAACAUCAGGAAAUGUCUUGUCUUGUAAUUAGGAGUUGGAAAUUGGAGGAAUUUUUUUGAGUUUUCCUCCUUCUUCACCUGCCUUUUAGUUUUUAAGGGGAGAAAAACAAUUAAUUCAAGAACUGUAAGAAAGCUUAAGGGUUUUUCCCCUGUAUCUUCCAUAUGUCUUUUCCCUAAUGUCUGUAUAAUUAGAAUUUUUAGUACAGUUUAUAACACUUGUUAUUUAUCAUCGUAAACCUACCUUUUUCUCCUGUUGUCAUAUCACUUGUUAGUUCUGAGAUUCACUUGAUUGAUUCACUUUUUUUUUCCUCCUCUAAGGUGGGGAGGGGAGGAAAGCUCUAAUUCUGAGGGUUUCCUCAGGUGAACUGAUUGAUAAAUGCGUCCUUCACAUCGUGGUAUUUUCACCCCGUGAUGCAACUUUCACUUUUGAAUGUUUUCUCAUUUGUAUGAAGCGAUAAUAAAAUCCAAUGAGGGAUUGUCAGAGAUGCAGAGCAUUCACUGCCUCCCCGUUCAUUUCAGCUGGUAUUGUGGGUGCUCACUGCUCAUUAUAAUUGGCGGCCCAUACUUGUUGAAAUGGGUUGUCAGUAUUGUGUCAAAACAUUAAAAAAAAAAUUCCUUUGAGUUUUUCUCAAAGCAAUAGACUUUGAUUUGGAAAGAGUGAUGUUUCCAAUUCUGUGAUUCGGUUCCAUUCUGUCCUUCUGGGUUUGGUUUGACAUAUAACAAACCAUUUCAAAGUUGCAUUCAUUUUUCUGUAGUAUAGUAAUAUAAGUAAUGCUUUUGUCACCCAUUUUAAACACAAAUACAUUAUCAAUGUUUGGACUGAUACAGUGGCAAAGAGUGACACCUUUUUUUUUUGAUUCAGAAAGUAAUACCAGUUGUAUACUUUUAUUUGUUAGCUUCUUCCCUCUCCUCCAUUCUGUCUUCUUAUCAGAAAAAGUUUUAGGAAGGAAUUUAUUGGGAAGGGUUCCCAAUAUGCUUCUUAGUGACAAGCUAGAUUUCUUCUAAGUUGUUUAAUGAAGUCUUCUUAAUGCACUAGAUUUCAUAUAAAUGUCUCUCAGUUUUACCUUUCAUUUGAAUGUCAUUGGUCAAGACAUUUUAACAGAAAUACUUGAAUUAUAUGAGCAAUAAUCGAGUAGCACAAAUGAAAUAGUAAUAUAUUCUUGAGUUUUCAUGGCAUCCCUUGCUACUAAGAUUUGGCUUAUAGUAAAAAUGCUGUUAGUGACAUCUGCUAGCAGUACAAACUUCAUCUCAGCUUGUAAAUUGAUACUUAAAGUGGCAGAUAUUCAGGUGAGUAUUGCUUUGUUGCUCUGGCAACAAGAAGAGCAAUAGAAACCCUUGAGGGUUCAUUUUUAGUCUACAGCACAUUAAGAAAAAUAAUGCUCUUGAGCAUUUUUCUGUGAAAGAUGAAAUGUAAUGACAAACUACAGGGUUACCAAGUGUGUCUUAUUAGUGAUCUCUUUCCCUGAUAAUUUUUAAAGGAGAGUGCUAUGAGGUAUUUUAUACUCCUAUUAACUAACCUCAGAGAUGAGAGUAAACCAUGCCUUAAAAAACAGAGCUUUGGGUAAAGGUGGUGUUGGAAAAUAUUCUCUAUUUAUUAUGGAAGACAGGAUACUCCCAUCACAGUACCUCCCAUUACUUGUAUACAUACUAAUGUUUAUUGCAGAACUACCAUUCUCCUAAUGUGAAUGUCAUAUCAUGUACCAUGAAAAUGUCAGAAAACCAUGUUUCAUUUGAUGCUGCUUCUUAGAUAAUUGAUACUAUCAGUUCAGUCAUAAGGGAUUUGGAGCUCUGUCAUUUGAGCUCAAGUAGUUUAAACUUCAAUUCAAGCAUGGGAAUAUCUUAGUUCUAUCCCGCUGCGCUGUCACAGAUGCUAGAAAUCUUUUGGGGGGCUUUUUGGCUCAAUUUAGGUGCUGAAGAAAACAGAUAAAGAAUUUUUAUACGCCUUUGUUUCAGGUUCUGUAAAGAAGUUAGAUCGAGAGAUUGUUCUGUUUUUAAGGUGAAAUGGCUGAUAUUUUGCAUUUGUAUGUUGGACCCACUUAAAGGCAAUAUAUCGAGGCAAUGUACCAGUACAGUUUUAGCUUUGAUGUUGUGCAGGUUAACUAGUGGUAAUCACAAAGCAAUUGUUUUUGGUAUCUUGUGUUAAAAUAUCAAUUACUUAAUGAUAAUUAGCUACUUGUUGGCUGAAGUCAAAGUAGGGUUAUUCUACGCAGCUACUUACAGGCAGCUGCUUACAGUGUUACCAGUUGGUUAUGUUUCACUGAAGGAUGAGUCAUUUGGAUGCUUAGUUUUUUCUUUUAGAUAAGCAAAGGCUUAUGUUAUGAUAGUUGCUUAUCAUAACUUUUUGGAUCUUAAGUUUUCUGAUAGUCCAGAAUUAUUGUACUGUUGAAAUGUUCUUUGAUUUCUGUAGAUGCUUUCAACAACUAGGUCGGUUCGUUGUCUUAUUCUGACCUCAGAUCUUCCAUAAUAAAGGGGGUUGGUACAAUAUCCUGCUGAGGUCAAAUGAAAUUAAGUAAAGGAAAACAAGCAAGCUACCCAUAACUCUACUUCAGUAAAAAUUGUAAGAGCAUAAUUGAUUGAGCCUUUUAAAAAAGGUCUCUGCAACUUACCAAGAGAUUAGUUGCUGUUAAACUUGACUCUCUGAUUGAUAAAUUGUUCAUUUCUGGCUGCUGAAAUUCUUGCUGCUGUUCAGAGAAGUGAAAACAGAUUGGCAAUGGGAUACAAGCAAUCUUCUGAGCCAGUCAGAUUUCCUGGCUUCCAGACCCUCACUAGAAUUUAGGCCAGGCUUGCAAGUAAUCCAGAGUGCUGGUAAUGGCUCUUCAGGAAUUUCCCCUGAAAUCCAGUUGUUGGCUUCAGCCAAACCCCUGAAUGAGGUGGAUCCAUAUUGCAAAAGCUACUGUUAUGACAUGCACUGACAGAGGGACUAAGGUGGGCUGAAGCUGGCCAGUUGUGCCAAACACAAGAGAUGCUGAGCAGCUGAGUGUCUACCAAACUUUGAGGUCAAGGCUGAGACACCUUGGUAGAGCAGAAUUGGAGAGCAACUGCAGUUGCUGAAAAGCUGCUAUAAGUGCACCUAUGUCAGUUUGUCACCUGGCUGCUUUGGUAGGAUUCACUUGUUUGAAUAUUUUGAAAGCAAUUGUACUCUCAGGUGCCUAUUUCUGUCCACAUAUCCACUCACAUGUGAAUAAGGGGCACAAGCAUCUCUUAAGUAGAGUUAUUAGACAUCUGCUGAAUAAAUUUUUGUUGUAUAGUCAUUGCACCCUCUCCAUGUAACAGUGUAUAGUGUUAUUUUUCACCCCUAGCAAUAAUCUGUUUGGAAAAAAAAAAAAAAAGUUAUUUUAAAAGAUGUUAACAUUAAUUACUGUAGAGUAAUAAUACAAGCAUGUUUUGUGUUCACAUUUUUUUCACUGCAUCUAGGCUUUGGCUGGAUCUCAGCAGUUAGAUAGUUUUUGAAAUACUGAAAAUUUUACAUUAAAAUAUAAAAUGCACAUUCAGAUUUUUUUUAAGCUAGCCAAGCAGUAAAACACAGAAGGUAAUUCUCAUUGUGUAAAGCAAAUAGCCCUCACUAAAUGUUGUCUUUUUCUUUAAUUGAUGAUACUCACUUAAAAUCAACAUUCUUGAUUAUAGUUGUUUUCCUACUAAGUCACUAGCUGUGAACCUUCAGAUUUUCUGAUUACCUUCUGACCCCAGUUCUCCCCCCCAAAAUGUUCCAAAAAGUUGAAGACUCCUGUAUCCAAAAUAUAGUGUUUUGACAAGACUUGAUUUCCUUGGUGACAGAUUGACUUGAUUUUCUUUCGGAGACCUAUUUUGAAGUAGUUUGUGAGGCUUUAGAAAUUAACCAGACUCUAGGUUGAAAAUACCUGCAUUAAGGUAGCAUGUGGGGGGGAGACAAUGAGUGCCAAAACUUCAUCCAUGUCCGUGGUCCCUGAACCUGCCUGUGUGCGAAGAUCCCUGUUUGCAUCUACGUUUCCUGGACCUCUUUCACUUCCCACUGGGAAAUAUUUCUUCUUUUCCCACAAAUGUCAGCUUUUCUUUCUCCCCACUCCCUCACUUGGGACAGGCUGAGAAAGAUGGGUCUGUCCUCCCUGGUCGUCGUCACUGAUCCUUUACUUUCUGGCACCAGACUGCUAUCCCUGUCUUGGUAGUGGAAAGGACUGGUGUGGAUGCUCUUCCCACCCUGGCCUGCUUUCUGGACAGAUGAAAUUAAGAUCUGUAGCUCAAGGACUACUGCAUGGCAUCCAGGGAAUACACUGUGGAAACUACUGAUGUAUAUGUGUACUUUUUCCUUUUUCUCUCUUCUUACAAAAUACCCCGGUGGGUGGAGGACCACAAGAAGCAGUGAGAGUUAGCCCCAUUCUUUAAGCAGAUGAGUAGCCCUACUGUGAAAGGCCUUGCAUUUUUUUUGUCUAGUCACAAAGCAUAGGGAACCCAUUGCUGUCCAUUGGCUCUUCCUUCUGACUGAGAAACUUCUGCUUUUUCAAAUUGAGCAGCUCAGCCCACUCUGAUUUUACAAGGGUGUGUAGUGCAGCAAAAUAGCUGAACGAACUACAUUGCUCAUAACAAUGCUCUCAUUACAGCCCUCUGCAAAGAGUACCUCCCCCAUACAGAUUUUCACAGAGCCAUGUCAAACCUGUGAAGGGUGUGUCUAUUCCUGUGUUGUUAGAGGGGAAUUACAUAACUGAAUGUUUAAAUGGCUGAAUUUGCAGCAUAGCUGUCCUUCGUAAGAUUCUGAAAAAAAAAUGGAUUCAAGCAAGUCAUACUGAAGUGAUUCUGAAAACUGACAAUUUCUUGAUAGCACUAAGGCAUGGAUUACUGUAAUAUUUACUGGAAAAACUGCUUUGCUAGCCAAUACUGUGUGUGUGCAUUAAACUAUACAUAAGACUUAUGUCUUACCUGAAAGAGGCAGUUCACUACUUUUAUUGAAGUUUUAUAUGGAGAUGUAGAAAUCUUUUAAGACUAACUAUGUCAACUGUUACUUGAUAGUUCUUUUGGAAACAUCACUUAAGGAAAUGAUCCCAUCUACUAGAUGAAUUUUUUCACCUAAUUUUUUGUAUUAGAUCAGAUUUAACAUUGAAAGGAAAAUGGGACCAAAACUUUGAAAAAAGGGGUACAAUCUUUUUUUUUUUUUUUUUGUAUUUUUAUUCAGUCUUCAGCUGAUGUUAGGAUGUGUGUCCCAUUACUGCUAAGCCUCAUGACACAAUUUUCCAAAGGUUGGUGUUUUAUACUUUCAAGUCUUGCCAUUUUCAGACACUUUGUAAAAAUCAAAAUUUCUGCUGCUUAAAAUAAAUGAUUAAUUCUUUCAA